UUGUGAGUGGGUUCAUCUAGAGUGUGCGACAACGUUUUCGUGUUCAUGUUUCUCUAUUUGCUAUUUGUCAAGAAAAAACUACUCUAAAAGUGUAAAAAUUUCUAUCGGCUGUUGCGUAGUAAAUUCAAUAUCCAGUGACCUGAAAAUAAUAUUAAAAAGCGCGGCAGUAUUGCAAAAUUACUCACGUCUUUAAUUAUCAUUUAAGUGCAUUUGUACGCAGGAGCAAGAGCUAGUGAAAAGUGUAGAAUUGAGAACAAUUUCCGCUUUUAAUAAUUUUUUAGUGAAGCUAAAGCCAAUACAUCUCAUUAAACACGAAUUUCUUUGAGCUAACGCUAUUUCGAGUGGAGCUCUCUACAGCAAAGACAUCGCCGAGGUAGCAGCGCAUCGGCUGUUGGGUUUUUCUUCUUCAAUUGUAAAUUUUUGCCGUCAACAUAGCGAGGAAAUCGCGUCAAAUGUCCACUGGCAUUGCCGGCGGAGGAGGCGCUGAGAACACCAUGACUGUGGUUACUACCACCCUCAACGGUGCGAACGAACACAACGCCGCCAACUCUACGGUCGCCAGCAGUGUUGGGAACAAGACAGGCCAAAUGACUUUAACACCGCGCUUCACGCAGGAAGAAAAGGCGAUUCUUUACAGUCUGUUCCAUGAGCAUGAGGAAGUCAUUGAUAUCAAAUUCAGGAAGAAGCAGCGCUCCAAGUAUUCGGUGCGCGAUGCCUGGGAGAACAUAGUGCGCGAAUUCAACUCGCAUCCAGGUGUGAGCGCUGUGCGAAACUUGAAGCAGAUUCAGAAAUUCUGGCUGAAUGCCCGUCUCCGCAAGCAGUAUCCCUUCCGUCCUAAUGGGCAGAAGGACCCAAAUAAUUCGCAAACAAUCAUUGAAACAACAGAACAACCGGAAGUUCCGAACCAUCCAAUUAAGGAUGAGCCCGAUUUCCAGCUCAGCGCAGCAGAUCCCGAUGACCACGACAGCCACAAUGAGGCGUUCGAAGAGAUUGAGAUGGAUACUAGCGAUGGGACGAUAGAUCCGGUUCACAUCGAUACUUUACAGCAACACCAACAGCAUCAACAACAACAACAGCAGCAGCAUCAGGUACUACAACAGGUGCAACAGCAGCAGCAAACCAUACAGACGCAAUCGAUUUCAGUAGACCAAAUUAGCGCCGAAAAGUUGACGCUCAACGAUUUGUUGCAAUUCAAAACUGCCCGUCCUCGCGAAGACAUAAUUUUACAGAUAAAACAUCCAUCAGAUUCAACGACCGCCCAUAUCACCAUCCCUUCGCCAACGCGCAUCACCAUACCCAGCCAGCAUCAGACGCAGCAGCAUACGAUAACUGCCAUGCCUGCGGCCACCUACAAUCAGCAGAUCAUUAGCGAGAUCAAGCCGCAGCAAAUCACGCUGGCCCAAUAUCAGGCGCAACAAUUGCAACAACAGCAACUUGCCCAACACCAGCUGGCCGUUGCAGCACAGCAACAGCACCAACAGCAUCAACAACAGCAGCACCAAGUGAAAAUGCAGCUGCAAUCGCCAGCCACCGCACAGUUUGCCACCGCCACGCCGACAUUCACUUGUACAACAUUGCACGCAUUGCCAAUUUCCACCGCGCCCGCCCCAGCUACAGCCGUGCCCACUGUGACUGUGAGCAACGCAGCGGCUACGACGGCGGGAAAUGCAACAAUGAGCGCGGAAACGUUUGAGGAGAAACUGCAGUAUUUUCGGCUGAAGGAGGCUGAACUGCGUUUCAAGGAGGUGCAAGUGACACUUGAAAAAAAGAAAAUCGAAUUAAACCGGGCGCAGGAGGAGUUAAAGCAAUUGCGCGAGCUUCAUCGCCUGCAGGUGGAGGAAAUGAAAAUGAAAAUACGCAUCUUACAGGAAGAAGAAAAAAUAUUGCGUAAGAGUCCGAGCUCGGUGUAGGUAUAAAACGGUGGCAGCAGCACUCUGAUGCGAUGCCAGGAGAGAAUUGAAUAUGCAUGUUUUCGUAUUUGAUAAGUUAGUUGCAUAAUUUUUUUUUAAUAGAAUUUUAGAAUAACAUUUUUACAUUUUACCUUAAGAAAUAUUAGUUUCAUAAUUACGCCAAUCCAAUGGGCGUUUUGGUAUAUGUUUUCAUAUAUGAAAUGAUGUAAACAUUUAGUUAUGCUCAACACACUUAAUAUACCUACUUGCGUAUCUGAUAAGCUAGUUUUUUAAGUUUUUCUUUGAUUCUUGCAAUGGAAUUCAAGUUUAAGAUUUAUAUGUACAUAUAUAUACAAGUAUAUACAUAUCGCGCCCCUUAAGAAGAGAAGAAAAAAUUGCAAUUUUUGACUUUUCCUUUAUCCCAGAACACCAUGCGUACAAGGAAACCACAAAUAGCUUUUUAUAUCGGAAACGAAAACUAAUUUUACAAAAGUAAUGAACUUUCAAGCUUGAUUUUCAACAUUUUCAUUUUGGUACAUUCAUCUUUCUGGCAUAAGGGGGACGCGAUAUGUAACAAAUGGCUUGUUUGAGUCACGGAAUAAAAGCGACAGUAUUGCAGCGCUUGUAAACGUUUGCGAUCCUAUUACAAAUGCUAAGCUGAUACUUUUCUGAUUCCGAUGCUGCUUUUGACUGAGCGAGGGCCAUGUCUUCAUGUGUGAAAGAUGCAUACAAAUUUAGGUAUUUUAAACACACCUAAGGCUUAUUUUGAAUGUAAGGUUUCGUAAGGACGGAACAAAAUCGUGUUGUAUAUACAGAAACAUUUAU